AUGUCCCAGGAGCCCGCAUCCAAGAUCGAUGUUGAAGAAGACACCGUCUUCGAGGACGAGGCAGACGUCCCGACUAUAGCUGGCGGAGCUAUCGUCGUCAUAGAGAAGCCUUCGCUAGAGCUUUUGCAGAGUAGCCCCGUAGACUAUACGACUCAGUUGAUGGGGAUAAUCAGUGCUACACUUUUCUCCUCGAUUAUGGCUGGCAUCUGGCUUUGCAAAUAA